UCCUGUUUUGGCUACUUGACAGUACGUGCUUUCCUUGCCAUAAACAUGGACCUAAGUGAAUUACUCCAUACCCUCGUUUGCUUACAUCCUGAGAUGUAGCGUUAACAUCUGGAACCAGGGAAGAGGCACCCUGCCUUAAAUCGAUCCCCGGAAACAAUCUGUCCGAAGGUUUGUUUUUCUAGAGUAAACAAAGACCUUUCCAGCGAAGAAGUGCUUCUUUUGUUUCAGCCGGCCGUGUUGUUUUGUCAACAUGGACAUGUACGGAUACAGCGGGGUCUUCUUGGCGAAAAGAUUCUUGGACACUGCCCCUUAUGAAGUGACUAACAUGUCCGACAUCAGCAAGGCGAGUCCUCACGGCUGUGACAACGGAGCACUGACGGACAGGUUCGGCGUCUUGAUCCAGGGGCUCCUGGGCAUCGUCGCCUUCAGUACGCUCAUGUUGAAGCGGUUCCGGGAGCCUGCAGGGAUCAGACGGCCCUGGAGGAUCUGGUUUUUUGACACAUCCAAGCAGGCCAUCGGCGCUCUCUUCAUCCACUUCGCCAAUGUCUUCCUGUCCACACUCACCAAAGAGGACCCAUGCUCCCUGUAUCUGAUGAACUUCCUGCUGGAUGCUACACUGGGGAUGCUGGUCAUCUGGUUGGCUGUCAAGUUGGUGUCCAAGCUGGUGGAGUACAAGCAGUGGACAUUGCUCAUGUUUGGAGAAUAUGGUGACCCUCCUCAGGCUGCAGCCUGGCUGGGUCAGUGCACUGUCUACCUGCUGAUCAUGGUGCUGGAGAAGGGUGCAAUCAGCCUGGUGCUGCUCGUCCCCGGAUGGUCCAAAUUGCAGGAGGUGCUGCUGAGCUACAUUGCUAAUCCUCAGCUAGAGCUGGUGCUGGUCAUGCUCAUCGUGCCCUUCUUAGUUAAUUCCAUCAUGUUCUGGGUGGUGGACAGCCUGAUGAUGAGGAAGUACAAGACAAUGAAGAGCCUGGAGGACUCGUGUGACAGCUCGGUGAAGAAGGCCGACUCGCUGCCUUGGCUGAAUGAUGAGGAGUCACGGGACCUGCUGACCGUUGAGACGGACACAGAUGAGGCUUCAGAGGGGGGAGAGGAGCCUGGCGAUGUUGGACCAGUCCCCCAUGUGCAGUAUUCAGAGGGACCACUGAGACACAGCUGGGUAGUGGUGUAAACCCAGGUGACAUGGCCUCUUACUCACCCAUCCACUAUCCUCACACACCACCCGAAAUGCUCCUAAGAAUAAAUAUCAACAAAAAAAUCCCCUUGCAUCCUUAUUUCCUCAGUUUAAAGGUCUAAUUAUCAGCUUCCUCGCAAGCGCAGUUACAGGUCAUGCAACCUGUGAAUGUAAACAUUACAGCCUUCGCUGCCUUCUUCUGCAAGGUGUGAAUAGUUACAACUGGAUCUUGACUCAGAAUAUGCAUGUAAACCAAACAGCAGUUUGGGAAUUACUGUAGAACCUUUUUAUCCCCUCACCUUGAUGCCUCUGUUUGCUGCGAGAACAACAUCAGAGUAACCACAACUGCACGUAUGUUGAGAGAGAUCAUUAAGGAGCACAGCACCUGCAGGGCUAAGUGUUUGGGAGGUACGGUCACAGACUGCAAUGCAUCUGUCUUUUCUCAGCAUUGGGGACAUUUGGAAUGAUGCUGCUGUAAAGAUGGUCAUGUAUCAUGCAUUAUAUUCCAAAGAGCAGCGACCAAGUCGAGUAUAUGUAGGUGCAGUAUAUGUAAGUGCUCAAAGUUUAUUCCAUCAAAUAUAAUCAUGUCAAAUUUACCUUUUUAAUUCAGGUACAAUACUAUUUCUUCCUGCAUGUUCUCCCUCUGGCUCCUUGUUUUAUGGUAGAAGAAUGAUAGAUGAUGACAUGUUACCCCUUUACAACAGGCUACUUUUAAAGAAAUGUGGGUGGGAAACUGUUUCAUGUUGUGGUUGAAAAGGACCAGGUCACAAAGUGAUUUGCAUAAUAUAUGAAGUGAAAUAUUAGUGCCACUGCUGUGGGAAAGACGACGAUUUUUAGACAAAUGUUGUACCUUUCUUGAUAAGAAUGUGUAAGUGUGAUGAGAAAAUGGUCACAGUAUUACAAAAAUCAAGUUAUAAUUUAUGCUAGGAGUAAGAUGACAAGUUUUCUGCCACUCAUAUGUCUACUAUAAAUGGGGGGGGCUAGCCUGGCUCUGUGUAGGACCUCUACAACUAACUAAAAGUAUAAAUGACAUGUUUUGGUUUCACUGGAGGUUACAUGCACAUAUAUGAGAGUUUGGCAUGGGAGCAGUGACUUCUUGAACUUACCACCUUUAAGCAAAGCCAGGCUAGCAGUUUCCAGUCGUUCUGCUAUGCUAAGCUAAGCGUCUCCUGGCUGGUGUUAGACUGAGUGUACAAACAUGAAGGUGGUAUCAAGCUUCUCAGCAAAAGGUGAGUGCUAGUCCCAAAAUGUGAAACUGUACCUUUUCCUGUGUUAAGGGCUGCCACUUUGAUAGUAAAAUUGAACAUUAGCACUUUGUCAAAAUGUUACAACUCUGUUGUCCUUUUUCGCCCCCUAAGAGUGGCCCUGUACUCUGCUGCUGUAAUACCCUCAGUGGGACGAUACAGUAGCACUGUAAGAAACUUUUCCAACUUGUGGGACCUUCCUAUGAUUUGUUCAGUUCAUUUUUAUAGUAUGUAUUUGACUGUACAUAUUGUGGUCCAAUCUGUGGUAAUAAUAUUGAUACAGGAAUUUGUUUUUUCUUUUUUUUGUUUUUGUGAAUAAUGGAAAUGGGAAACUUCAGUAUGAAUUAAGUGGGUGCAUAAAAUACAUUUGCUAUUUAUCACCAAAACAUUUCCAUGGGCUUGUUUACACCCAUGGUUUAAAAUCCGGUUUAUAAUUUGACACAUUCCGUCUUUAAUGUUUAAUUUUGUACUCCAACAGUAUCUUGUGUGUUUUUAUACCUGGAGCAGCACGUCAGCGGGACAUCAACCGCCGCCGUGCUUCUUACGAAUGUGUCUCUUUAAUCUGAUGAUGAAUAAAGAUGGCUGACACAUGGA